UUCUACUUUCCCAGAUCCAAAUUCAUCCAAUAAAAAUUGUUUGCUACAAGCAUCAGCAUCAAAUCUGAUAUCUUGGCAAAGACAAGGAUAAACAUUCCUUCCUUGCGUCCUUCCACUCCACUACUUGCUUGCAUAAAAUUGAAUGCGCGGCAGUUGGUUUGCAGAGAGCAAGCAGAGUUCAAGCUUUAGAUUUUGAUCUGGAUACUGCGCAUUUGCGCGAGUGGCUGAAGAAGACGCUAAAAGUCCACCGGAAAGGACGAACCAAAGAUUUGAAGUAUCCAUGGGCUGUGGAGCAUCAAAAUGGAGGGAUCCUGGUGUACGCCAGAGAAGACUGUCUAGUGUCGGCGAGGUGGUGGUCUUCCUUCCGGGUCUCCGGGUACCAAGAAACAUAGACUUCUCACAAACACUCGGUGAUCACCUGGACAAGAGCAUAGUGGAGAGGCUGACAGCUCUGAGGGCAAGGAUUGUGGCAAUGGCGACGCAGGAAUCAACGACCGCCCUUAAGCCAAGGCGACGGGCUGCGGCGCAGCACGGAGGGUCUAGCACUGCUAAUCUCCUCCAGGCUUUGGAAGAGUACUUGCCGGCCCUGCUAGGACUGGUGAAAGGAGGGAGUGAGCUGAGAAACAAAGUACAAUUUGUAUGGGCUAACCAAGAAGAUGUUGCUGAGGAGACGUCCAUGGCAGAUCCUUGGUACGAAGUGCUGUCCGUGCUGCAUUUGAUGGCCAUGGUGUGCUUCCUGCAGGCAAACAACCUCCUCCUUCCUCGGUCCUAUGCUGACGGUCACGGACCGAGAGUCUCUGAAGAGAGCAGGCAGGCCACUGUUGAUCUCUUCUUGAAGGCAGCCGGGUAUUUGGACUGUGCAAUUCAUCAUGUACUUGUACAGAUACCACCUGAAAGAAGAAGAGAACUUCCAGUAGAUCUAGCUGAGGGCAAUCUUAAAGCACUUAGCUUGCAAGGUCUUAGUCAGGGGGUUGAUAUGCAACUUGGACUGGCAAUCGAUAACCCAAAGGCAACAUUAGCAGUAAAAAGACGCUUAGCUUGCGAGAUGAUCAAAUGCUGGAAACAGGUUAAGGAUAGCAUCCCAGAGCUUCCUUUGUCAGAUGGAUGGGGAAAAAAGCAUUCUCUAUUUGUAAAGUGGAAAUAUGUUGAAGCAAAAGCUGCUGCUUACUAUUUCCAUGGAUUAAUUCUUGAUGAGGGAGAAACUGAUAAAGCCCAAGAGAUGGCAAUAGCUGCUCUACAGGCAUCAGAAGAAUUUCUCAAUGAGAGCAAAAGAGCUUCUGAGGCCUUCCAUUCUGCUCCUCCAGCAUCAAGAAGCCCAGCUCCUUUUGGAACAACCAAAUAUCUCUUGGACAUGAUCCCAAAAGAUGUACAAAGCAAGGUCCAGAGCUACCAGGACCUGUACACACAACAAAUAGCGUCGAACAUAGGAGUCAGCAAGAUCAUCGCAACACCACCUCCAUUGCCAGAUUUUCCAUUGGCUCUAAGCCCUGAAGAUUAUGAGCUUCCCCAAUCAGAUAUGUUGUGGAAGGGGGCUAACCAUCUAUAAAGUUCAUUGCCAACCUCAGGCCUGUAAGAAAGCUUCUUCUGACAAGAACAGAACUGAAGGCCUGCUGACAAACAACAAAAUUCUGGAGCUUUGCAGAAGACUAGUACUAACGAGGAAAUUGCUCUUACUACCUGUGACCAAUUCAAAUAAUUUGUUUUCCAGCAAGGGCCCAAUUGUAACCUCAAGAACAUUAGUCAUAAGAUCUUUCCUUAAGAUAACACAUAUGCUUUCCAUCAUUUUGGUGCUUAAUUAAAUUACAGGGUAGAUUUCCUUUUGCGCACUUCUGCGAUAUUUGUUUUUCAGCAAAAGAAUGGCUGGAUAAAAAUCCAUAGCCUUUUCAGUUUGAACUACAUAUGUACAAGACACAAAGAGUUUAAUGGAGUCCCUUAUAGUCCUUCAA